AUGCCUGGUCCGGGGGACCUGACGCCGCAAGCAACUCCUCCACCUCCCCACUCGAUUCCGCCGACGACUCACGCUCGCCAACCGCAUCCAAUGUCCCGCUCGGCCGCUGCUGCAGAAGACGACUCGGCCAUGGGCUUUGCCGAGGACGUCGGCAGCGCUGCGAGCAGCGUGUCGAGUCCCGGGGACGACUUGCCGAUGAGGAAUGAAGGGGGCGCCGAGGACGAGAGGAUGCUCACGGAGGGCGAAGACACGGCCGCUCCCGGACCCUCCUCCUCUCGCCUCCCUCCCUCUGUUCCCGCCAGCUCCGCCUACGCCCCGACUUCGCCUACCAAGCGCGCUACUCGCUCAAGCAACGCUGCCGGACCGUCGUCCCGCAACGGCCCGCGCUCGUCGAAGCGCGAGAGGGCUGCGCAGAUGUUCGCUUCGGGCGAAGGCGAGUUUGAGCGCGAGAGGGCGGUUAUCGAGGGAAGCAGGAGGGGCGGAAGAGGUGGAGGAGGAGGCGAGGACGGCGAAGGGAGGAGCGCCGAGGACAAUAUCAUGCAGAAGCUGCUCGACAAGGACUACGCUGGACGGCUCAACUUCGACCCCUUCCUGCAACAGUUGCAGGCGUUGAGGCAUAGCAAGGAGUCGACUGCGACUGGCCCUUCCGCUCCUGCCGGCGCUCCAGCUUCGCCUUCCACACAAGCGACGCCUCUGCCCCCUCCCGUCCUUUCUACGACCGAAGACGGCCCUUCUGCAUCCCCAGUUGCUCCCGCCGCUUGA